AUGGCUGAGGUGAGCAAAGCUGUGGCUAGUGACAUGGAACUAGCCAAAUCAAGCGAGACUAAAGCUGCUAAUAUUGCUACCACUGAUAAAAUAGAGGAGGCUACUACACCAGCAACUGUAACCAAAACUGAAACCGUCGUUGAAGACUGCGAAACUGAGGAUGUUCCAGAAUCUACAGAGUGCAAGAAGCUGCUACAACUCGUGCCCCAUACAACAGCUUCGGUGUCAGAACCAGAUGUUGCUACCGAGAAAGCACCAAAGAUCUCUGAAAGUGGCACUGCUCUGUCUUUGCAGUCUGGUUCUGAAGGGAGUAGCCCGUUUAUCCGAGAGAAGGUUAUGGAAGACGGAUACAACUGGAGGAAGUACGGACAGAAACUUGUGAAAGGCAACGAGUUUGUGAGGAGCUAUUACAGGUGCACACGCCCAAACUGCAAAGCCAAGAAGCAGCUGGAACGGUCUUCAGGUGGACAAGUCGUCGACACUGUUUACUUCGGCGAGCAUGAUCAUCCGAAGCCUCUUGGCUCUGCUGCUGUUCCUAUCAAUCAAGAUAAACGAAGUGAGGUCUUCACAGCUGUGAGUAAAGAGAAAUCAUCUGGAUCAAGUGUUCAGACACUUCGCCUAACCGAACCACUGAAGGUUCAUGUUCCGGAUUUGAAAACUGAUGUUUCAUCACAGUCAAGUAGGAUGAAGAGUGACAAUACUAACAAGGAUAUCAAUAGUCCUGCAUCAAAGCGAAGGAAGAAAGGAGGGAGCAUUGAGCAUAUGCCAAUGGAGCGGUCGGCGAAUGAUUCACGCAUUGUGGUACACACUCAGACUCUGUUUGAUAUAGUGAAUGAUGGGUACCGAUGGCGUAAAUAUGGUCAGAAGUCUGUGAAAGGCAGUCCAUAUCCAAGGAGCUAUUACCGAUGUUCAAGCUCUGGAUGCCCUGUCAAGAAACACGUGGAGAGGUCAUCUCAUGACACAAAGUUGCUUAUAACUACGUACGAGGGGAAACACGACCACGAUAUGCCACCGGGAAGAGUUGUUACUCAUAAUACCACGUUGGACUCGGAAGCUGAUGAGAAAGAAGAAGGAGAUGCCGACAAGACUCCACAGAGCUCAGCUCUUCAAACCAUUACAAAAGACCAGCGCGUCGUUGAAGAAGAUCAGUCAAGAAAGAAAGCCAAGACUAAUGGCUUUGAGAAAAGUCCAGUCUCGGAUGCUAAGAAGCCGAAGGAGGCAAAGAAAGAAAAAUCAGAAGAUGUAACCAAAGAUCAAGAAGCAAAGUCGGAUGAUAAAACCACACUGGAGAGUGAGGAACAGAAACUCAAAGCAGAGUCUGGUCAAAGCUAA